AGAGAGAGAGAAGAAUCUGUUCUGAUCCAGGUGGAGACAGCAACGUGAGGAGGAGAAUUACGCCAAGUCAAAAGCAGUAACCAUGACGAGCUGCGACGAGAGAGGGCGAGCAAUCGAGAGGAAAGGGAAGAAACGAAGAAUCAAGAAUCAGCUCCACCUCCCGCUGCUGCUCGUGCCCCCGUAUCCAUCCACCCAAAGCUCCGGCCUUUUCAUCUUGUCCCCUGCCUUUUUUUUCUCUUCUUCUCGUCUUCCUUUAGCCUUCACUCCCCAUACCCGUUGCACCGGUCAAGAACUGACUCGCACAGAGCAGCACGCAGCCGGCUGCCGGCCGGCCGGCGGCGACGGUAGGCUCGCUGAGGAAGCGGGAACCACUGUAGCGCGUAUGGGAUGUCAUGAGCCGGCGGUGUGAGGGCGCUGCCGAGGGAUGGAGAACCGGGAGAGGGCGGGGGCCGGCGCCGUCGGGAGCGCCGGCAGCCUCGGCCUCCGCAUCGGGCAGGCCGUCUUCUCGUCGGCGUCCCUGCUGUUCAUGUCCGUCGGCGUCGAGUUCUUCAGCUAUACUGCCUUUUGCUUCCUAGUUACAAUCAUGGGCUUGGUGAUCCCCUGGAGCUGCACGCUGGCCAUGAUCGACAUGUACUCCAUACUUGUAGGGUGCCCUCUUCGGGUACCAGGUGUCAUGGUCAUCGUCGUCAUCGGAGACUGGGUCCUGGCAAUACUCUCACUAGCAGCUGCCAGCUCAAGCGCGGCGGUCAUCGAUCUCCUGCUCCAAUUCCAUGGAUCUCACUGCUCUCCCAGGUUCUGUGGGAGGUAUCAGCUCUCCGCGAUGAUGGCUUUCUUGUCCUGGUUCCUGACAGCCGCUUCCUCACUCUUCAACCUCUGGUUCAUUGCCUCCCGGUGACGACUGCCGAUUGCUGAUUCAGGAUAGCAUCCUAACUCCAGUAUGAUUAUUCCAAUCAGUCAUGGUUUUGGAUACAGUACGUGCAUAGCACUAUAGCUUGGAAGUCCUCUUUUUGUGCAUUUUUACCUGAAAAACCUGCAUUUGAUCGGUUAGCUAGUUUGCGUAUGAAUGAAUAGUGGUAAAGUUACACUUCACAUGAAUGCAUUUGAACAUCAAUUUUGUUCCAUCUAUGCUAGAAUAAUUAAGUCCUCUAAAAUUUAUUAGAAACAAAAUGUCCACUAACCUGAAAUAGAAAUAUUACCUCGCUCAAUUCAAUGAUGUUGGCACGAAUUGGUUGGUGACAACGGCUUGAUCUUGGUGAUUCUGAUGCCCAAGACAGAGGAAUGAAAUACAGUGUUACCAUUUCGUCGAGCAGGUUGCGGACCAUAAUGCAUCGCCAGAAAUUCAUCCACUGAACUAGGCGAGUUUACUGAGUCGCUGAGCGCUGAGCAGCUCAUCAGCUCAAUGCUUCACUUCAGUGCAGGUUCCGGUGGCUCUAGCGGCAGAGUUCACAGGCGAGAAGAACGGAGCAUGACAGCGUGCGCGCCUCGUAAGAAACUAAGCGAACGAGUCUGCGGGCGCCGAAGUUGCGCUUGCGCCUUGCCCAUGGGGGAGAUACGGGAGAAUAUAGCGCGAAGGAUGCCAGAAAAACUCCAUGUUGUCGAAGACGGAUAACUGCCGUCUGCCGGCGCGUCGCCGUUGCGGAUGGAGACCGGCGCGGCGGCGUGGCGACCAUGCCAUUCCCCUGCCCUGUACCCGGAGACGUUGCGCUUCCCGCGCAAGGAAAGGCCGUGCGGGGACGGAGAAUUUUGGGGUGGGGGGGGGGGAGCGGCACGGCUAUGCCUGCCCUUUGGCGACGCGGCGGAAGGCAUCACCGUCGCCGCCGGCGGACGACAGCAGGAGGAGGACGACGAGAGAGCGAGAAAUACGAGGGCUAAUAUGCAAAAGUCCAAUCUGCUAGUAGCACUGGUGAUCCAAACGGGCCAUCUUCAAAAGUGGGCCAGGGCCCAUAGGCCACAUUAUUCGCAUAGUCCUAUCAGACAAAACUUAAUAGGCCAAAUUUUCUCUUAUUGGAGAAAGCAAGGCCACACGGGCCCAAAAUAUUAGGCCUUCGGCUCAAGGCCCAACACUACCCGUCGUUUCCUUCAUCUAUCUAUAUGGGCCACCACUUGGCCCAUGGUCGGCCCAGAUUCUUUCACUUUUCUGAUGUCCCGUUCUCAGUUCAGUACCCUUCACCUUCAAUCAACGUGUUCUAUAAAAUGGACAACAUAUUAUUAUUAUAUACAGAACUUUGAAAGAUGCAGAUAUUGUAUAAAGUGAAAU